AGCGAACGUGUGUCACACAUGUGCCGCGCGGCAGACUGGACAGCUGGACAGACAAACGCUCGUUCGUUGCAUGCCGGCAGCGGCGAUUACGGCGUGGGCAAGGGAGAGUGCAUGUGAUGGAGUGGGGUACGUUUGGCGGAGGUAGUAGUAACCGCGCGAGCUUGGUCCGACCCCGCAGUAGGGCGGAACGGCAGCUGCUGGAGGACGAGGAUGUCGCCGCCGUCGCCGACCACAUGGACCAGGCGGACAGCGAGUUCGUCGCCAAGAUGUGCAUCGCCUCUGCCUUUCUUUCGUGCCUGUUGGCAUGGCUUGCCUGGUCUUUUUGGUGGGAUAGAAAUGGGCGAAAGCUGGCAGGUGGCCGCCGCGGGCCCCGGGUGCAACCCAGACCACCGUUACCGACGACGAGGUCUUUCGACUCUCUGUCAGAUAGCGCCAACUCUCCCAGCAAUGGGGUGGGGGUAGCGGAUGGAUGCCACAGGGGUGCACUCGCGACUGACAGAAGCCAGCCCCGCCAGCAGCAGCAGCGGGACGAGGGCCAAAAUCGGGGCCAGCGGCAAGACGGGAUAAACGAGUUUUACAACCCGUUGUGGGUGCAACGAGGAGCAUCCCGUUGUUGCGCCGAAGCAAUCGCAGCUGAUGGGCACCCUGUUUUCCAAGGUGAACCUGCGUCUCCCAAUGGGGGCAUUGAGUGGGACUCCCGUGCCGGGGCGGCUUCGACGUGCCCGAAGGCAGAUUCUUCGAAAGUUCCCGGGGCAGCUUUGCGUAAGAUGCAGCAGCAACAAGGGGCACCUUGCAACGACACCGUCAAGAAAAGGACAGACCCUCGCCUCAGCGCCGACGGGUUUAGCCCAGAAGGAGACCUGUGCAGGGACGACUGGUGGGAGGGAAAGAGACGGGGAGGAGACAGCGAUAGCCCUGAGAGAGAGGCGGAAUGGGUGUGAACCGGAGACACGAAGGAAGGGCAGGGCGAUAAGAGAUUAUGGCGAUUGUGUUCGUGGAGGGGAAUAGGUGCGCUACCUAAGAAGGUCUCCGGCUAGUCAUGCGAUCGCUGUUUUUGUAAAUAGCCGGCGUGCUCCUACUUGCUCUAUUUGGUGUAGUGCCGUGUACGAUACAAGUUUGCUCCGGUCCCGUAACAAAAAGGCUUUUGUAGUUCGGGGCUUGUCUGAGUUUUUUGAAGGAGUACGGGCGGACUUGUGUGUUGGGGCCUUCCGUGUUGUUCUGCUUAUUUUUGCGCUGCUUUCAGCGAGAACGUGGUUGAAGUUUUUUGCAUCGGGAACCGGAGACACGAAGGAAGGGCAGGGCGAUAAGAGAUUAUGGCGAUUGUGUUCGUGGAGGGGAAUAGGUGCGCUACCUAAGAAGGUCUCCGGCUAGUCAUGCGAUCGCUGUUUUUGUAAAUAGCCGGCGUGCUCCUACUUGCUCUAUUUGGUGUAGUGCCGUGUACGAUACAAGUUUGCUCCGGUCCCGUAACAAAAAGGCUUUUGUAGUUCGGGGCUUGUCUGAGUUUUUUGAAGGAGUACGGGCGGACUUGUGUGUUGGGGCCUUCCGUGUUGUUCUGCUUAUUUUUGCGCUGCUUUCAGCGAGAACGUGGUCGAAGUUUUUUGCAUCGGGACGCCUUCUAUCUGCGAUAUGAACAAGUGUUCAGUGGAUCGUUGGAGCCCGCAUGUCGAUGUUUUGCAGGCAUGACGUGCUGCUGCCGUUGUAUCGUAUCUGCAUGAUCCACGCCGUGCAGCCCGCUGCGCUGUGCGCCGGGAGCACUGUUGCGAGCAUUUUGGCCAGCAGUAGAGAUGUAUGCACCACCAGUGAUGUUAGAACCAGUUUGAUUGUGAAUGGAUUCCACGCGGACCGGUUUUGUUUUCAAACCCCUUGGGGGCUAGAUUGUAUUGGGGGAACGUUUCGUGUCACCCUCUUGUUGAAUCCUUAGUCCACACUCGUCGAGCUCUUGCAGCCUGUAUACCUUAUCGUGAGUCGCACUUGAGGACGAAGUCCGUCAUAAAAUACUUUCACGCUGCACUGGGGAUACCAUCCUGUCGCAGCAGUGCCUACGUUGCUUUCUCGUGUUCUUCGUGCGUAAUUCAAGUCCGCUACGCGUUUGAUCGGAUUUGAUCGAAGGGCGCCACGUUUGGGGUUUUGAUUGGUCGAGGCUCUUGCGCUGGCCGCCUGCACGUUUUGUUGCGCUGCCCGAACGAGAGGCUGUUACUGUGUUGGUGGUAGUAAGCUGCAUGUGUCACGGUGCAGAGACUUCUUUCGAAAACCAUUCGUCCGCGGCGGUGUUGCUCAGUUUGAUGGAAUCGUUUAAUAACAAGGGCUGCCGGGAACAACUCCUCUUGUCAGGAUUUCGUGUAAUUUUUGUUUUGUACGCCGCCAAGUGUUGCGGAUGAUGUUCGUUCUCGGUUGGAUUGGUCGUUUGGACGGACCGUUCUUAUUUUUGUUGUAGCUCCGAAGCUCUGUAGACAUCAAUAUGCAGCAUUGGGCUCCGCUUGAUGGUUUGCUCCUCUUGUCAGGAUUUCGUGAUGUUGUUUUCGCCGCAAAGUGUUGCGCAUUAUUUGUGUUCUCGGUUGGAUUGGUUGUUGGACUCUCACACGGUGUUCAUUGUAGCUCCAUACAGCAGCUCUGUGGACAUGGAUAUGCAGCAUGGGGGCCUCCUCGAUCGUUUUGCUCCGUUUGUCAGGAGUUCGUGUUGUUUUUUGCACCGCCAAGUGUUGCGGAUGAUUUUUUAUCUGGUUGAGUCGGAUCGGUCUUAUACGGUGUUUGUUGUAGCCCCAUAGCUCUGUAGACAUUGCAAGCAGCAUGGGCCCCCGCUUGAUCGUUUUGCCAGAAGCUCUGCGUCUCCUUGUAGGACAUGUCGUUUGCGGGAUCAGUGCGUGUAGAAACUGCUGUAUGUCUUCCCUGUUCAUCAAUUGUAUUACUUGGUUUUUCCGGCAGGUUUUUGCUAGGGAGUCGGCCGACAAGUCUACGGAAUUCGGUAUGUUUUUCCAAGUCGGUAUUUCGAUGUGCCAUUACAUAUUGUCAGUAUCUAAGCAUCCGCUGCUGUUCCCUACCUGGAGUCUUGCGACAGGCGUCACACGGGUGGUUGGACCACAUGCUACGUUGUCAGCGUGCAAAAACCCCUGCGCAAUCGGCACACGUACCAAUGGCU